UUACAGCUUUCGACUCACUAACAGGAAGAGAGAGAGAGAGAGAGUAAGAGAGAAACAGAGAGUAAGGGAGAGAGCAAGAGAGAAGACUGUGAGAAACAUGUCUGUAGCUGAGUGUUUUCAGUAGAGAACUGAACUCUGUCUGUAGCUGAAUGUUUUCAGUAGAGAACUGAACUCUCUAGCUGAGUGUUUUCAGUAGAGAACUGAACUCUGAAGAACCAGGAUGUCUACGUCGUACCAGCCAUGGCACCAUGGUAAUAUCACCCGGUCUAAGGCUGAGGAUCUGCUCUCCAAAGCAGCUAAGGAUGGGAGCUUCCUCCUCCGGGACAGUGAGUCCAUACAGGGUGCCUACGCCCUCUGUGUUCUGUUCCAGAACUGUGUGUAUACCUACAGGAUCCUACCCAAUGAGGAGAGGAAACUCUCUGUCCAGUUGCAGGAGGUUUUGAAUGAUCCCCUAGCGUGGGCGUAUGACAAGCCACAACGUUCAUCUCGUGGUGCUUAACAGAAAAGAACGGAAACUUCACAAAGAAAAACAACAUCCACAGUUGCAGUGAAAGGGGCUAUAAAAAAAA